AAAGUGACAUUAUUCUCGAUGCUUGUAUUGGCCAGAGAUGAGACGUACUGUAUGACCCCUUCCUGUUACUACCAUGGAGACUAUGGGAUGGGAGGAGCGACGUGUUUUUGGUCCAGGUGGUCGAGUCUGCGUAAAUACGCACCAAACACUUACGAAAUAGUGAGCUUCAUAAAAAAAAAGGAAAAAAAAAGCUGGAUCCUUGCAGUUCCUGGCACUUCUAUGAAUGAAUAAGCUGUUUUUCAGAGAGAACGCCUCCUGGAUUUGAUCUGCUGCUGGAGAGAAAUAACCAAAAGAGCGUUUCGUGCGUCGCUGCGAGAAAAAACGGAGAAAACAGGAGCAAACACAGUUCAGGGUGAACUUUAGACUUUUAGCCAAAAAAGGCAACUUGUUUCAGCGACAAGUGGAGAUAUGUUCAAGAAAAGCAAGAGUAAAGUGCUGGUGGAUUAUGCGUCAGAGGAAGAAGACAUGUCCUGGCACUAUCAUCACUCCUACAAGGACAAAGACAUACAAGGAGAGGAAGAGGAGGAGGAAGCUGUCACUGCAGUAUCCAAGGAGGCCAAGGUGAAGAAGAUCAUGUCCAAGAAAGAGAGGAGGGAAAAGAAGAUGUUCUCCUCUAAAGAUGACGAGCACUUCUUGUUGACCGGAGUGAACCUGACUGACCGCAGAGGGUCUCACAAGAAAAUCAAGGAUGAUGAGAAGGAGAAGGAAAAAAAGGACAAGCCAGAGAAGGGCCACUGUUUCUGGGAGAGCGUCACCAUGACGAUGAGGCAGAUCUCGCCUACCAAAAAACUGGAGAAGAUGGAGGGCUGGGAGCCGCCUCACCUGGAGAACUUAACUGAGACUGUGACCGACGAAGCCCCAGAGGACAAGAGCCAGGAAGGGGACUCGCCAGUGUCCUCACCCGACUCUCUAGGCCUCCCGUUGGAGCUGGCCUCCUGGGCGGGCCAGGGUCUCGAGGAGGACUCCUCCCGCUAUGCUAAUCUGUCGGACUCCAAGGAUUCAACAGCCGCCGUCACGUGGACAGCCCGCGCCAAAGUCAAGCUGGCCGGCAUCAGCAGGAUGAGCAGAGGGAUUGUGUCGGAAAGUGCUUGGGAAGGGUUUAAAUAGGAGCCAGUUUACCUUCCUCAUCUAUCAUCAAUAAAGAGGAUGAAGACCUGAACCAAAUAUCUGCUCGUCUCUGUAGUCUAGUUGUGGACGAAACCGGUGCUAAUGUCAACUGGCAUUGAGAUGCUGUUGUAAAGCCCUGAACAUAACACAUGAAGGUUGUCCCUAUGAUUUUAGCUUUGAAGUCCUUAAAGACAAUAUAUGUCAGUUUUCUCAAUGGACUUUUUUGCCACUUUUGAAUCACUGACACAAACUGUAAAUUACAACAACAAAAAAAAAGCCUUAAACUACUGUACCAUGUUAACUGUGAUACCCACUGGCCUGGCAUUUAGAUAUUUUAUAUAGCCGUGAAAUGGGAAGAGUGAUUUUCAUAUAAUUAUUGUGGCUGUCAGUCGUAGAGAAUCAAUGAAGAAUAAUGCAGACUUUUCACUUCCAGUCUGGAGCCUUAAUUUAUACAUCAAUAAUGGGCUUAAAAUCUGUGCAGUCAUGAAACAACUUAUGAAAUAAUUUGGAUCUGGAAUAUUAGUGUGCGUGUUUGUAUCUGUGUGUGUGAGAAAGAGAGGUAGAGGAGAGGAAGUGAGUUUUUUGGAUGGACAUGCACGCACUUUUGUUGUAGUGAAUCACAGUUGUGAAGGAGAUUUGAAGUCGUGUUGGGAUCAUGUGGGGGAACAAAUCUAAACAACCCCCUUAGUGUCAUAGAUAUACAUGUUUAAAUCUGAUGCUGAAUAAUAUUUAUAAAAUUUGUAAUGAUGACAAGAUAAAAGCCGAAGUCUGUGUAUACUUGUUUCGCAAGAAAAGCAGUGACUCCAUGCACCUGUGAAGUGCCUUGUAUCAACAGAAUGACAUCAUGUGUUUGCUGAAAACUAGCUGAGCUCAUCACAAUGUCUAUGCAUGUGCAGGUGUGUUGCAUCAACCAUCGAGACACUAACUGGUUUCCAGUUACAAUCCCUGGAUGCCGUUAGCUUCACCAGCAGGAGCAGCACAAGUGUUUGUGUGCUACAUUAUAAAACACAGGUCAGGUCUUUAAAUCUGUUUGCAUAUCUGUAUAUUGUAUAUUGACUGAGACAAUGAAGAGUCGUUUCAUUUCUACAAUGAUUUUUCUUUUAGGUGAAUGAGAAACGUCGUGCCACUGGUUUUUUUCUUCUCUUCUUUUUCUUUGUUUUAAUCUGUUUUGUUUGAUACUGAUGUCUGCUUUAAUCGCAGCCAGAGGUGUACACAGAUACAGGUCCACUUCCAGGGACGCCUGUAUCCUGUAUUUAUUCACUAAAUGGCUGGGCCACAUUUUCUCAAGCACAAUAAAGAUCUAGUCUGAC